CACAGUUAUCAAACGACCAAGCGAGUAGUGCAAAGUGCAAAGUGCAAAGUGCAAAGUGCAAGGCAAAAUUGAACUGAAAGAGCCGCAGAUUUUAACAACAAUAUGGACGAGCUGCAGACGAUUCUAACGGAAGCAUUUGGCGAGUCAUCAGACAGCGAAGGCGAAGAAGAAGAACAACUUUUCCAUGCUCAUUCUGCAGAGAAUCAGGUCAAUCGAAAAGCCCUAUGUGGGUCAGUGUUUGGAGAAAGUGAUAGCUGGGAAAGAAUCAGUGAAAUUGAUGGCCUUUGGCUGUGCAAAGACUUUUUAUCUCCUGAUCAACAAUCAAAGUUGUUAUCAUCAAUUCAACAAGAAGGAUGGUUUGCUGAGUCUUCAAGCAAUCAGGCUAUGAGGUUUGGUGACCUACCAGGGUGGGCGGUUGAGCUCUCCAGCUCUAUCCAUGAGGUGAUUCUCUUCGGUAAUUGUGCUGCAGAGUUGGAAAACUCUGAGAAGGGCAAGGAAGUAUGCAUCUUUCCACGAGAUCUGUUAUGGAGGGAACCACUUUUUGAUCAACUUAUAGUUAACAUGUAUCAACCAGGUGAGGGUAUCUGUCCGCAUGUUGAUCUAAUGCGGUUUGAGGAUGGAAUUGCUAUCGUUUCUCUAGAGUCAUCCUGCGUUAUGCAUUUCUCUCGAGUCGAAAAUGGAACAUGCAGAGCCCAAGAUCCACUACACAAAUUGCCUGUGCUAUUGACACCAGGAUGUCUUAUUUUGAUGUGGGGAGAAGCACGCUACCUUUGGAAACACGAGAUAAAUCGAAAACCUGGGUUCCAAAUAUGGAAAGGCCAGGAGAUUGAUCAAAAGAAGAGGAUAUCAGUGACUCUUAGGAAGCUCUGUCGUACUGAUUAGAAAUUUAGUGCUUCAACACAUUUGGCUCAUCGUCAUUUUCUAGUGCUUAAGCAGAAGCUGAGGCUUAUAUUGUUCGUGUUGCUUGAAGAAUUGAAGCUUACGAUAAAAACACAUUUCUGCAUAUUUUACU